AUGACUCCGGCUUUCGACCUCCUCGAGCGCCGGAAGGACAAGUUCAUGCUUUGGAUUCCUGCUGGGCUCCCCAAUGCGAGUCCUCCUUUCUUGGUGCUCAGUGCCUUUGAAAAAGGGCCGCCACCCCCGGUGAACCAAUCCACCAGAAGUCAGUUUAUCCACAGCCAGAACACACGCUUCUUCACCGACGUUGUGAUGGCAUUUGGACACGAGCCGUAUGUCUACAUCGAUUUCAAGCAGUUCCACCUCGACCAAAAUGCACCGGAGGAGGCAAAGAGCCCGGAUAGGUGGCAAUCCAACUCAGAGGGAGCACGAGAUGGGUAUGGGGGGCGACUUUGGCGGUAUAGCUGGCCGGUCGAUGCAAAUGGCGAGGAUGUGGUCACCUCCUCAUAUGACCCAGAGUCUGGCCAAGUUGCAAACAUCCACCCAUCUUGGGCCUUCCACAAAGGCCACGUUCAUCGUUGGAUGACCUCUUUCGGAUCGCUAAACUACAUCACAUCCCACGACACGGAGGGCGGCCUUGCUAAAGAACGGCUGUACAAUUUUCUGUCCGACAGUGGGGUCACCGACAUGGAGCGCCGUGCAAAGUUCGCCUUUGCGCUGUUUCUGACUGCUGUCGGUAUUCCGAUGAUCUUUGCAGGCGAGGAGUUUCUCGAUCAGAUGGAUCGUCCUGUCGGUGACAAACAAUCCGACCCUGUGAAUUACGAACGAAAGUCUGAAGACUGGCGAACCAGGAUCUUCAAUUAUGUUGCCAACAUGGUUCAGUUCAGAAAGUCUUGCCCGGCUCUGGGCGACAACGACACGGAGUUCAUUCAUGUAGACCAGAGUCGUGGAGGGAAGAUCAUGGCGUGGAAGAGAGGAGAUCAAGAUACGGAGGGAAGUGAGUACGUUGUUGCGAAUUGGCCAGAUAAGGAUAAGGGGGGCUGGAGGGAGGUGACUCAACAGAGAGAUGUGCCCGCUGAGUGGGUCGGAAGGGAGCCGUUGAUGCAUUGGGAGGCUAAAGUUUAUACUUAUUGGAGCGGAUAG